AUGGAGCAUACCAAAGACGAACUAUGUUCUGCCGAAGAGGAUACUCCGGAAUCUAUUAACGAUGCAAAUAUUAGUGUAUGCGUUCAAGAUACAAAAGCAAUUGAUGGCGAAAAACACUGUUCGGAAGCAGCCUGUCUAUCUUUAGUUGACACGGCACAACCUGCAACUUCAUCAGUUAAUCAUGUUGGACAUGAUUAUAGACAACUUUCUCUACUCGAUGAUUUACCACCGCUUGAUGAUAAACAGGGUGAGCAACCGACUGAAUCUGUUCAAGAUCAUUCGAGCAUGGUUAGUGCAGUUAACUCAAGUACCCCUAGUGUUUCUAAGUGGCCACAACGUGCCAAAAAGAAUAGAGUCUCGCCAAUAUUCUUCAACGAAAUCGAGCUACAAAUGUCACCCCGAGAGACCCGUGCUGAAGCGCCAGUAGCAUCAACCGAAAUCGAUGUCUAUGGUAAAAGCAUUACAGUCUCAACGAAAAAUUUAGAACCUAUUAAAUAUCUUGGUUCUGGAUGCUAUGGUUCGGUACACAGCGUCAAAAUCAAGACACAUCCUGAUGUAGAAAUAGCAGUCAAACGUGCUGCACGUACGGAAGACCCCGAAAUAGUUUCUGUACGGCUAAAUGAACUGAACAUGACACGAAAAAUACGCGUCAAUGCUUGUGCACACAUCAUCGACUACUAUGGUGAUAUGAUUUGUAACGAAGAUAAUGAAUUGUGUAUUUUCAUGGAGCUAAUGAAUACAACAAUCAAAAAAUUCUACGAAUGUUUCCAUCAAAUGGAAGAAAUUUCUCGCGACACUAUAGACCGUUUUCUAUGCCAUUUGCUACAUGCCAUUUCUUCAGCACUUGAUUUCUUGACAAAACUAGGAUAUCUUCAUGGAGAUGUCAAGCCAUGCAAUGUGCUCAUCAAUAAUCAUGCAGUAAUUAAACUCAGCGAUCUUGGAACGUGUUGUGAAAUUGAUGAAAAUGGUACAGCGAAGGCUCCAGUUGUCAGUACUGCCGCUUAUUAUUCACCAGAACUGGUGGAUAUUCCACCGAAACCGCGUACGAUUCAGGCUGAUAUGUGGGCCAUGGGUAUUACUUUAGUUGAAGUUGCCGACGGGAAACAUCCAUGUCUAGGGUCGACAGAAUAUGAACAGUUUUCUGCAAUCCAAUUAUGGGAGCCCGAAGUACCAGAGACAAUUCGGUUGCCUCCUAUGAGAAAGUUAAUUUCAUCCUUAUUGAGCAGAGAACCUAAACAACGACCACAAUCUUAUGCAAAUAUUCAUGAUAUACUUGAUAUUCGAAAUCUAGUCAAUGAGUUAUCUCAUGACGACUUAACAUUUGUCAAGCGUGUCAUCAACAUGAACUCUUCGUAUCCAACUAAAAGCUAA